AUGGCCACCAUACGACCGGAUAUCUUCCAUGACUUUUAUACCAUGGGGCGCGCGACUGGCACUAAAGAGGAUCUCGCCGGCCGCGAGUUCCUGACACACUGUCCGCCGGAUGUACCGCCUCGUCAUCGAAUUGUGGCUCUUUUAGGCACGACAGAUCUCAAUGAUGCAAGCCGGCCUAGUGAAGACGGGUGGUUUGUAUCGGAUUUCUACCUUUUCCAUUAUCUCCUUGCGCCGCAAUUCCCACGUCGUGAGUAUUUCAUCAUCUUGUUUGCGUACUAUCCACCCACUAACAGACAGAGCUUACUAGCACCAAACCAAAUAUGGUUAACAUGCGAUGACCCUACAAUCCUCGUUCAAAAGUAUGGUGAAUAUCUUCAUGGCGACUCAACCGGCGACCGUCGCAUUGUCCUCGAUGCUCAGAUACUUCCCGAUAUCUUGGCCGCUGGUAAUUUGCGUGUUGUCCCUCAAGAGGAUCUACUUGAGCGGUACCUGAACACAGUUCGCGAACAAGCUAUCGAAGCCGACCGCCUUGAAGAACACUUGGUACUGUUGAUAUUUGGACAUGGUUCAAUGGAUCAUCACGUUUUCAUGGGAAAUACCUUCCUCAAAAUGAACGAUAUGCAACGCGUCCUCCAAGGGAAGUCUCUAGUCACCAUUUUUUCUACAUCGUGCUACUCGGGGGCAGCAGGGAAAGAUACAAAAUCUUCUUCAUGGCCCCUGAGUGGAAGUGUUGGGCGUGCAAGCGGCAGCUUAGCAGCAGCCGCAGUUGUACAAUGCCUGAUCAAGGCGGAGACCGAUGAAGCCCAAACAGGCACUGAGAAUCCAUUGGAAAAUGGGGAAAUAAUGGCCCACCCGACGUACAUCCAGCUGGCAAAGUCUGUAUAUGACUGUGUCAAAGAUAUGGGAAUGCUUGGCGACCGCCAAGAACUCCUUUUUGCGGCUGAGAAUGAUGAGUGGGAGUUGAGCUAUCAGCCCCGCCUUGGACUCCCAUUGAUGAGCUACAAGGAAAAGUGGCAAGCUCUUCGAUUUGUGCCGCCAUCAUCUACCCCCGCUCCAACAAACCAAGGAUUACCCGGCGCAAACAGACGCCCUCUUAAGCGCUUGCAGUACCUUGCUGAAGAGUACUUUGCAGCGCAACCGGGUCCCGACAACUCCGGCCAAAAUAUUGCUUUACAUUCCUGUCUUCGGCAAGCUUUAAAAGGUGAAAACUUUACAAGGGAAAAGCUACUCGACCUUACCGAAAACACGGCCUAUCGACUAGGCGCGAUGUAUGAAGCUGAAUACCUUAGGCAGCAGGCAAACAUCGACUACCCAUCAAUCUUUGAGAUUGAUACAAACAUCAUCCUGGCACGCAAAGGAUCCACCGACCGCCAGCUAAGGAGUAAGACAUGGGAUAUGUUACUCGCCCAAAAUAUCAAUACCACUCCAAUUGGUAUUAAGCUACAGUGGGGGAAACCUUCACAGUACCUCAUGCUUGCAUUGAUUGAGACAUUGGGGUCCUGGGAAGCUAUUCAAGACCAUAUCAAAGUGAUGGCUGCGAAGAAGAAGACUUGGUGCCGGUUUAUCUUCCGUGCAUGGCAAGGCCAUCGAGUCUCCCAUAACGACGGUGUAAUCACGAGACAGCGCGCGUUCAUAGAAGCUUUGAAGAAGGCCAGGGAGUAG